CCUCCGUCCCCCCCCCCGCGGUGGGUGAGGCGCUCUCGCCGCUGUCCGAGGUGCUGAAGGCUCCGGAGUGACUCCGGCGCCGGGCGCUGUCCGAGGUGCUGAAGGCGCCACCGACUCCGGAGUGACUCCGGUUUCCCGCCCCCCCCCUCGGGGCUGUCCGAGGUGUUGGCGGGGAAGGGGGGGGGCGCCGCGGCGGCCCGACGGCUGGCCACCCCCUCCGCCCUCCCCUCGCCCUUCCCCAUUGAUUUCUGGAUCAUUAAGUGGUUAAGGCGCUGCGAAGCAUCACUAUCGAUCGCUGCCUCCCCACCUCCGGCUGGGAGACCCCGGGCUGCCCCCCAGCCCCGCGGCUCCGGGCAAGGGUGGGGUGGCCGGGUAAGGGGGCCGGGACCCCGGGUGAGGUUGGGGUCCGUCCCCCUUCACCCCCAUCCCCUUCGCGGCCAAAGUUUGACUCUGCCUCCCUCUCCCCCCCUCUUCUGUCUGUCUGUCUGUGAGUGCAGCUGGGCGCGAUGCUGAAGACGGAGCAGCCCUGGAUCUAACGCGCGGCGCCUCGGAGAGCCUUGCAGCAAUUAUUGCCCGGAUCCCAGACUGAACUUUGCUCUAUUCAUUAUUUUUUAAAAAAAAAAAAUUUACCUUUUUCUUUUCUUUUUCUUUUUUUCUUUUUCCCUCCCCUCCUGUUAUUGUUAAUUAUCAUUAUCAAACCGCUUCCGCCGCGCCCUCCCUCCCCGCCAAUGCCCGUGUGAGCGCCGGCACCUCGCGGGGGCCAUGGAGGGCUCCACCGGCUUUGGGAUCGACUCCAUCCUCUCCCACCGAGCCGGCAGCCCGGCCGUGCCCAAGGGGGACCCGCUGGUGGGCGACGGCCGGUCCCCGCUGGAGCUGAGCCCCCGCUCGGAGGGCAGCAGCGGGUGCCCCUCGCCCCGUUCACCGGGCCGCGAGUGCCUGGAGGCGGCGGGGCCGCGGCCGGGCCUGGAUGCCCAUCUCCAGCCGGGACAGGUCUCGGCUCCUUCCCAGUCCCGGACCGUCACCUCCUCCUUCCUCAUCAGAGACAUCCUGGCCGACUGCAAGCCCCUGGCCGCCUGCGCGCCUUACUCCAGCACCAAUGGACCUCAGGAGCCGGCGGGCAGGAUCCCCACCAAACCCGGGGAGGACUUUAGGGAGAAAAUGGAAAAAAACACUAGCAGCUCCUCCUCGGACUCCGAGUACAAAGUGAAAGAAGAAGGGGACCGAGAGAUCUCCAGCUCCCGGGACAGUCCCCCGGUGCGGCUGAAAAAGCCGCGCAAAGCCCGCACCGCCUUCACCGACCAUCAGCUGGCCCAGCUGGAGCGCAGCUUCGAGAGGCAAAAAUACCUGAGCGUCCAGGACAGGAUGGAGCUGGCAGCUUCCCUCAACCUCACCGACACGCAGGUGAAAACGUGGUACCAGAACAGAAGGACCAAGUGGAAAAGGCAGACGGCGGUGGGCCUGGAGCUGCUGGCCGAGGCUGGCAACUACUCAGCCCUCCAGAGGAUGUUCCCCUCGCCCUACUUCUAUCCCCAGAGUUUGGUCUCCAACCUGGACCCCGGCGCCGCUCUCUACUUGUACCGCGGACCCAGCGCUCCCCCCCCCGCCCUACAGAGACCCUUGGUGCCCCGCAUCCUCAUCCACGGACUGCAGGGCGGCAGCGAGCCCCCCCCGCCCCUGCCCCCCCUGCCCGGCGUCCUGCCCCGGGCCGCCCAGCCCCGGUGA